AUGGAAGAAUCUGGUGGACAAACUCGUCAAUUACAACUGGCGUCAACAAUUGGAUUUUCAGGAGAUAUUCACAAGGGCUUACUCGUUCAUCCUGAUCGCCAACACUUAGUUCAUGCUAUUGGCAGCACGAUCGUGAUUCAAGAUUUGGCAGAUGGUUCUCAAAAAUUUCUCGUUGGUCAUACUGGUGAUGUUUCCUGCCUUACAGUAUCUCGUAGUGGAAGAUAUAUUGCAUCUGGCCAAGUGGCGCCAAUGGGAUUCAAAGCUGAAAUAAUUAUAUGGGAUUUUGAAAAGAGAACAUUAAAGUGCAGGCUAACGCUUCAUAAAGUUAGAGUUUAUGCUCUUGCCUUUUCACCCAACGACAAAUUUCUUGUAUCACUCGGAGGACAAGAUGAUGGAAGUGUUGUAGUUUGGGAUGUUGCUUCUGAACAAGCAAUUUGUGGAAGCCCUGCAGCUCUGCAAAGUGCUGGCGUUACAUAUGCAAUUGCAUACGCCAACAACAAUGAUUAUAAAUUCGUUACUGGCGGAAAUCAAACCCUGCGCAUAUGGGAAUUAGACUUACCCAACAGAAAGAUCAGACCUACCGAUUGUGGAUUAGGGCAAUUAAAACGUGUGGUGAAAUGCAUUGAGAUAAAUGAAGAUGAUAGUGUAUUUUACUGUGGUACAACAACUGGAGAUAUUUUGCAGGUUAAUAUGAAUACUCAUCUAAUGAAAGAUUACGGUCCCCAAAAAGAACGUCUUAGCUUAGGAAUUUUAUCAUUGAGUUUGCUAACUACUGGAGAUAUUCUCGCUGGUGCGGGCGAUGGAACAGUCGCUUUAAUAAGCGGUGCCGCUUUUGCUAAGAAAAAAAAUUAUAUCAAGAAUUCAGUCAAGGUUCAAGGACCGGUAACAUCAAUCAGCCUUAGAGGACAGGGUCAUCAGUUUUUUGUUGGAACAGAACGUUCCGAAAUAUAUCGCUUCAAUCUUGCGGAUUUUUCCAAUGAACUGAUCACCACUUGCCAUUACAGCGCAAUCAAUGAUAUAAACUUUCCUUUUGGUUACUCUGAUGUAUUUGCCACAUGCUCCAAGAACGAUAUUAGAGUUUGGAAUGCAAAUAAUAAUAGACUUCUUUUGCGUAUUACGGUGCCAAACAUUGUAUGUGAGACAAUCGACUUCACUCGUGACGGGAAAACUAUCAUUAGCGGAUGGAAUGACGGUAAGAUAAGGGCUUUUACGCCAGAAAGUGGAAAGGAAAUUUAUACCCUUCAUGAUGCUCACAACAAGGGUGUUACAGCCAUAGCCUCAACAAGUGAUUGUCAGAGAAUUAUUAGUGGUGGAGGUGAAGGUCAAGUACGCGUUUGGCAAAUAUCUGCUAAGAAGCAAACUUUACUGGAAGCCAUGAAAGAACAUAAAGGAAGUGUUUCAUGUAUUAAGAUACGAAAAAAUGACCAAGAGUGCGUUACAGCCAGCACCGAUGGUACCUGUAUAAUUUGGGAUUUACAACGAUUUGUACGAAAUCAGAUUAUAUUUGCAAAUACAUUAUUCAAGGGUGUUUGCUAUCGUCCGGAUGAAUGUCAGAUAAUUACAUGCGGAACCGAUCGUAAGAUUGGGUAUUGGGAAACUUACGAUGGUACUCAGAUACGUGAAUUGGAAGGCUCCAAGAGUUCAAUUAAUGGCAUGGAUAUUGCUCCAGAUGGGCUUUUCGUUGUUACUGGUGGUGCCGACAAAGUGAUAAGGAUGUGGAAAUACAAUGAUGGAGAGGUGGAAUAUGUUGGAUAUGGGCAUAGCAGCGAUAUUUCACGCCUCAGAAUUUGCCCUAAUCAAAAACAUAUCGUUAGUGUCAGUGUUGAUGGCGCUGUAAUGCGUUGGAAAUAUCCAUCGACUUUUGCGUAG